AUGGAUCCCGUGGAGGACAGGCAUCAUGGCUCAGAUGCAUCAAGCAGUGGAGAUACUGUGAAUGUCGAGGUCACCAACUACGAAAAGACAGAACUAGGCCAAGCACCGUUACCGCUCGCCCCUGCUCCAGCGCCUGCAGUACCGAUCAACGAGAAGGGAUCCGAGAGCAAGAAAGAGAAGAAACAGAAGAAGAAGGACAAGAAAAACAAGAAGAGCAAGGAUGAGGAGAAAGACAAGGAUAGCGACGAUGAGGGCGAGGAUCCUUUUGCUCAUCUACCCGCGCACGAGAAAGCCGUCCUGAAGCGUCAACUGGAUAUCCCGGCCGUGAAGGUCACUUAUCUCAUGCUGUUCCGCUAUGCAACAACCAACGACAAGAUUCUUAUAGUGAUCAGUGCACUUGCAUCCAUCAUUGGAGGCGCUUUACUGCCUCUAAUGACAAUUGUAUUUGGAGGGUUGACGACCACUUUCAAGGAUUUCUUCCGAGAACAAAUUACCAAAGCCCAUUUUCAUCACGAGUUGUCGAGAUACAGUCUUUACUUCCUGUACCUGGCUAUUGGAGAAUUUGUCUUUGUUUACAUCGCCACGGCUGGAUUCCUCUAUACUGGCGAGCACGUCUCUGGCAAGAUUCGCGAGCACUUUUUGAAGGCUAUUCUUCGCCAGAAUAUCGCUUUCUUUGAUCAACUCGGUGCUGGAGAGAUUACCACCAGAAUCACGUCCGACACCAAUCUUGUACAGGACGGUAUGUCUGAAAAGGUUGGACUGACACUUACUGCCAUUGCCACCUUCGUUACUGCUUUUGUUGUGUCGUUCAUCAAAGGCUGGAAACUCACGCUGAUCUUGAUGUCGACCGUUUUUGCUAUCGUUUUCACCAUGGGCGGCAUGGGCGGUUUUAUCGUCAAGUUCAACAAGGCAUCCCUGGCCUCCUAUGCUGAAGGUGGCACCGUAGCUGAAGAAGUCAUCAGCUCCGUCAGGAAUGCCAAAGCCUUCAGUACGGAAGCAAAGCUAACCAGGGCAUACGAUGCGCAUCUUGCCGUGGCCGAGAAGUGGGGCUUCAAGAUGAAGGCCGUCACCGGAUCUAUGAUUGGCUUCCUGAUGUGCUACGUUUAUCUGAACUACUCUCUGGCCUUCUGGAUGGGUUCUCGUUAUCUCGUCAGCGGAGAACUCGACGUCGGUGCUGUUCUGACCAUAAUUCUGAGUAUCAUGAUUGGAGCUUUCGCCCUCGGUAACGUAGCUCCCAACAUUCAGGCUUUCACGACCAGUGUUGCUGCGGCAGCCAAGAUCUUCGCUACUAUCGACCGUGCCUCACCUCUAGACCCUUCUUCUGAAACAGGCGAGACAUUAAAGAGCGUUGAAGGCCAUAUCGAAUUGCGCAAUAUUCGUCAUAUCUAUCCCUCUCGUCCAGAAGUCACUGUUAUGGAAGACGUCAGUCUUGUUGUUCCUGCUGGCAAGACAACUGCUCUGGUUGGUGAAUCAGGCUCGGGCAAGAGUACCAUCGUCGGUCUUGUCGAACGCUUCUACGACCCAGUAGGUGGUACUGUCUAUCUUGACGGCCAGGAUAUCUCCAGUCUCAAUUUGCGCUGGCUUCGUCGUCAGAUCUCUCUUGUCAGCCAAGAACCCACGCUCUUUGCUACUACCAUUUUUGGAAAUAUCCGCCAUGGACUUAUUGGAACUGCCUACGAACAUGAGUCAGAAGAGAAAGUUCGUGAGCUGGUCGAGAACGCUGCAAAAUUUGCCAAUGCACACGAUUUCAUCACUGGACUCCCCGAAGGCUAUGCAACUAACGUUGGUGAGCGUGGUUUCCUGCUCUCUGGAGGACAGAAGCAAAGAAUCGCUAUUGCUAGAGCCAUGGUCAGCGACCCCAAAAUUCUUCUUCUCGACGAGGCCACCUCGGCGCUGGAUACAAAGUCUGAGGGCGUCGUUCAAGCCGCUCUAGACAAAGCUGCUAUGGGCAGAACAACAAUUGUCAUUGCUCACAGACUCUCUACUAUCAAGGGUGCUGACAACAUUGUCGUAAUGUCCCGCGGUCGCAUUGUGGAACAGGGCACUCACGGUGUUUUGCUGGAGAAGAAAGGAGCUUAUUACAACUUGGUUGAAGCCCAGCGUAUCGCCGCCGAAAACGAACAUAAGGAUCAAGAAGAAAUUGCCAUCCUAGAUGAGAAGGACCAGAAUCUUACCCGCGAAGUCACUAAAGGCGGAGAGUCCGAGGAUGGCCUGAAGCUCGCUCGCACUCAGACUGGCAAGUCGCAAUCUAGUAUCGCCCUUGCGAACAAAAAAGCUGAGGUUGAACACCACUACUCUUUGUGGACUUUGAUCAAAGUCGUCGGGAGCUUCAACAGGAAAGAGUGGCUCUACAUGACUAUUGGAAUCAUUUGCUCCGUCAUCACGGGAGGUGGAAACCCGACACAAGCCGUAUUCUUCGCUAAAGCUGUCACUGCUCUGUCUGGAGACAGAGAUACAGCCGCAGGAAGGGCCACAAUCCGUUCACAGGCGAACUUUUGGUCGUGGAUGUACUUCAUGCUUGCGCUAGUUCAAUUCUCUGCUUUCCUCAUCCAGGGCUAUGUCUUCGCUAUUUGCUCAGAAAGACUCGUUCACCGAGCUCGUGAACAAGCUUUUAAGACUAUGCUUCGCCAGGACAUUGCCUUCUUCGACAAGGAAGAAAACACUGCUGGUGCUUUGACCUCAUUCCUGUCCACGGAGACCACUCAUUUGGCGGGUAUGUCUGGAGUGACUUUGGGCACGAUUCUUUCUGUCAUUGUUACCCUUGUGGCUGCGUUCACUGUGUCCCUGGCCGUCCAGUGGAAACUCAGUCUUGUUUGCAUCUCGACCGUCCCCAUAUUGCUUGCCUGCGGCUUCCUGCGCUUCUGGAUGCUUGCUCGUUUCCAGGCCAAAGCCAAGAAAGCGUAUGAGAAAUCCGCUAGUUACGCUUGCGAAGCAACCUCUGCUAUUCGUACAGUUGCAUCACUGACAAGGGAAGACGAUGUUCACCUUCACUAUCACGAUCAACUUGUGGAGCAAGAACGCAAGUCUUUGAUCUCCAUCUUGCGUUCUUCCAGUCUCUAUGCUGCCUCUCAGUCGCUUAUCUUCUGUUGUACAGCUCUCGGAUUCUGGUACGGAGGAACCUUGAUCUCUAAGGGCGAGAUUGGCCAGUUCCAAUUUUUCCUCUGUUUCAGUGCCGUAAUCUUCGGAGCUCAGUCUGCCGGUACUAUCUUCUCCUUCGCUCCCGACAUGGGCAAAGCCAAACAAGCUGCUUCGGAGCUCAAGGCACUAUUUGACCGUAAGCCCGAAAUUGACAGCUGGAGUGAGGACGGUGAAAAGCUUUCAAGCGUCGAGGGUCACAUCGAGUUCAGAGAUGUUCACUUCCGUUACCCUACUCGCCCCGAGCAACCUGUCCUCAGAGGUCUCAACUUGACUGUCAAGCCCGGUCAGUACGUGGCGCUGGUUGGUGCCAGUGGAUGCGGUAAAUCAACCACUAUCCAGCUUUUGGAGCGUUUCUACGACCCUCUGGCCGGUGGUGUCUACAUUGAUGGAAAGGAAGUUUCAAGUCUCAACGUCAACAACUACCGCUCAUGGAUCGCUCUUGUCUCGCAGGAGCCCACUCUUUACCAGGGCACCGUUAAGGAAAACAUUCUUCUUGGCGCCGACAGAGAAAACGUCCCACAGGAAGCCAUUGAACAAGCUUGUAAGGAUGCCAAUAUCUAUGACUUUAUCAUGUCAUUGCCGGACGCCUUCGACACCGUUGUAGGCAGUAAGGGUAGCAUGUUGUCAGGUGGUCAGAAGCAGCGUAUCGCCAUCGCAAGAGCAUUGUUGCGCGAUCCCAAGAUUCUACUUUUGGAUGAGGCUACCUCUGCUCUUGACAGUGAGUCCGAGAAGGUUGUGCAAGCUGCGCUCGACAAAGCUGCCAAGGGCCGUACCACAAUCGCCGUCGCACAUCGUCUAUCCACUAUUCAACGUGCGGAUAUGAUUUAUGUGUUUGAUGCUGGAAAGGUCGUUGAGGCUGGUACACAUACCGAGCUCAUUCACUUGAGAGGAAGAUACUUCGAAUUGGUUUCAUUGCAAUCCUUGGAAAAGGCAUAA